AACUGUCACCGAUCAAUCAUGCACUCGGUGUGCGCUAGUACCGCUAGUACAUGAUUCUGUCGUAUCGUUGUGUUGUUGGUGUCCGGAUCACGGCUGUGUUUCGAUCGACUUAACGCUUCGCGCGAGUUCCAUUAACUCACUUGAUCGCCAAGCGACUUGGGUGAGCUUUUAAUUUUGCAGAAUAAAUUGGACUUGUAUGUUCACCGUGUUGAAGAGUUGAAUAACGUCACCGAAAGCAUUACUUCAAGAUGACUAUAAUCACGAAAGCCAUCACUGAGAAGAAGGCUGCGGACAUAGUGGAGCUACCAUUGGUUGUGGACGAGAUACCUCCACAGGGAGACGUUAAGGAUGAUCCAGAGGGUCAAUAUGCUACACUUCCUAGACCUACACGAUACGUUUUGCGUUGUCGUCAGAAAGCACAGAGACUGAAUUCAUUGACAACUCUGUGCUUGUUUCUUACUGCUCUUCUUGUCAUGAGCAUUGGAGUAAUCGGUGGUGUCUACAUAUACAAGCAAUAUGCAAGAGAUCAAAUGCACAGAUUCCGUGGGUGGUGUGAUAUCCCUUAUUAUAAAUCUGACAAAGCACCUUACACAAAAGAUGCUUUGGAUAAUUCUCAAGCCUUGUUCUCCGAUCCUAACAAUGUGGAUGAGGAUGCCGCUAUUUUUGCUGAAAAAACAAUGGAGCUCCAAAAUGACAUAAGAAACUACUUGACAGAAAGGUUGGAAAUCGAUCUUGAAAACGAAGACUAUGAGAAGAUCGAUGUCCCGAUUCUACGUGGCGGCCGUCAAGGACGAUAUAUUCAUGACUUUAACACAAACAAAACAGGAAUUAUUGAUGUAGACAGUAACCGUUGCUUUGUUAUGCCGUUGAAUCGUGAACGAGUUCUACCUCCACGAAGUUUGUACGAUCUUGUGAACAAAAUGUACAGAGGAUACUACGAAGUUGACACUGAAGUUGUUCGUGAGACAAUGAAAGUUGUUACUCCUCGUAUAACCGAUCUGUCAGGUUUGGGACCUUAUAUAGCCCGAGAAUGCCGCGACAUGCCAACAUAUAGAUUAGAGAAGGUUGUUCACAGUGUUGCCAAAAGGAGCGUCAAACGUGCACCUUUCGUGCAGUUCUCAGGGAAAGAUGUGUGGGAACUAGACAUCGAAAAUCUUGAUGAAUUUGAGGCUUACCAGGAAAAUUCAAUUAAAUAGGAUAUAAGAUAUAUCACGUAAGAUUACUCCUCGCUAGAUUAAACAACAAUAGUUUAGUGUUAAUUCGAAGUUAAAUACAUGUUAUGAUGAUGGAUUAUACAGUAUGCACUCUCUACAUUACUAUGAUUAUAAUUAUUCGUAUGGUUGAUGCUAUAUUUGGAAUUAUCCAUGCUCUUCCUUUUUUAUUCGGUUCUGGGGAUUAUAUAUCAAUGAUUAUGCAUAUCCACUUUCUUUGGUAUUACAACACUCAGCAGAGUCGCAUGCCAAUGGGACAUAUUGUUCCACUUUGAUAGAUAAGAAAGCUUGACCACAUACGUAAAAAUGAUUAUAUAUUUCAAAGUUGAUUACAUAUGUAGCAAAUAGCUGUUGACAUGAUCAAGGCGUAAUUUUCGUAUGGAUGUCAUAUAUCCUAACUGAGAUCCAAGGCAUGACAAGUUUUCAGUGAAAAAAAUUUGAACAAUUGUCACUUGCGCCUUCAAACGCGAAAUAUAAAUUAAAUAUGAUUGGUUUGUAACAUUAUACGUGCCAUUGAUAUUAUGAUUAAAAUAAAACCAUUAUUGCCCUUA